GAAAUAUCCCUCCAUGGUGAACUGAUCGUGACAAAGCAUUGGGAAGCGAGGCUCCAUGGCUCCAGUCCGGAAAUAGUAUCCCAACGUUUUGAUGGUGGCCUCCAAAUAUCCGUGGGAGCAAAGCCAAACGCCCGGGCAGCUUGUUGCUGGAGAUUCCCCAGAAGAGGAGCAGGGCGUUCGGUAUGCCAACCGCUGCGAAGCCUGCAAAAUUCUAUCUGCCGAACUGGAAGCUCGUCUUGGGGAAACCGGGAAGUCGCACGAUGUCAUUGAAAUAGGGUACUCCGUGGACGAUGUGCGACCCAAGAAGCGCACCGAGUACCGGAGGAGUGAGCUACGCCUGUUGGAGUCCCUGGAGAACGUGUGCGAGCGGGUUCUGGAGUACAAUCUUCACAAGGAACGGACAGACAGCACGAGAUUCGCUAAAGGAAUGUCGCAGACCUUCCAAACUCUCCAUGGCCUGGUGGACAAGGGCGUGAAAGUCGACUUGGGCAUCCCAUACGAGCUGUGGGACAAGCCUCCCGUGGAGGUCACCCAGAUGAAGACCCAGUGCGAGAAUAUGCUGGAGGAGUACGAGGAAACCAUCAGCGAUUGGUACUUCAAGCUGCAGGAUAAGAAGUCCUUGCAGAAGCAUCUCUGCGAGGACCAUGUCCUCAGGCUAAAAGAGGAAAGGGAAUGCCUCAAGGAGCAGCUGCCGCCUGCAGGGACUAAGAAAUCGAAGAAAGAUAAGCUCAAAGGCGACAAGGAGGAGCUGUGAAGCGUCUAAAAUGAACAAAAGUCAUUUCAAAACUCAUUUUUAGGUCUCAUUGUUUUAGGAAAAGCUAAAAGUUUCAACUAGAUUAAGUAUACUCACUCUGUCUCCCGAUUAUUUGUAAACCUUCCACCUCGGCUGAGCCUCGAAAUGUUACUGAAACUUUGGUGUUGGCUGUGUUGGCUUAUUGAUUUGGCCCGAAUCGGGGUCGACAAUUAAAAGUUGACUGCCCGAAAUGAGGUGGUUGGACAUUACCUCCAACCUUUCAGAUAGUUGCCUUAGUAUUUACACAACUUGGAGAUUAUAUUGCAUUUUUUGGGCAGCCAUAUACGAGUUUUCCAUAUACGAGAGUAAUAAUUUUUAAUGCCAUUGUUCUCCUAAUAAAAUAAACACCCCUGUUUUUAUGGUCUGUUUAUAAUAAAUACGUUUCGUAUAUUUAAAAGUAAAAAAUAUUAUAAUCGUAAAUGGAUUAUC